AUGUUCGCCGCCGCCGCUUUCCUCCUCCUCGCCGCCGCGUCUCCCGCCCUCGGCAACCUUUACAUGACCUCCCCGGUCGCGUCCACUAAGUGGGCCGCUGGCUCGCAGUCCACUAUCUCCUGGGAGGACGAUGGCCAGUCGCCCACCCUGAAGGACCUUGGUCCUUGCAAGGUCUCCAUCUACGUCGGUAGCCAGAUCCAACAGACUCUCAUCCAGGAGGUCGUCCCGAGCGUCGACGUCUCGACUACCAGCUCUGUCGUCUUCACUCCCGACGCGAGCAAGGGUGAGAACAGCGACCAGUACUUCGUCCGCGUCGAGUCUCUCAGCCUGAAGGACUCUACCAACACGGCGUACCCCGCGCUCGCCUUCUCUGCCAAGUUCUCGAUGACCGGCAUGACUGGUGCGUUCACCGCGGACGCGAAGGCGCAGAUCGCCGCCGGCGAGGCCAGCACCGCCGUUUCCGGCACCGCUGCGUCCACCGGCACGACCGCGUCCUCGGCCACCUCCGCCGCCGCCUCCAGCUCCGCGGCGUCCAAGUCCGCGACCUCGUCGUCGCACGCCGCGUCAAGCACCGCGUCCGCGACCGGCUCGAACGGCGCCGCCACCGUCUCCCGCAGCGCCGUCGCGUGCUUCGCCGGUGUCGCCGUCGUCGCCUUCUCGCUGCUCCUCUAA